GGGAGGAGGAGGAAGAGAGGGAGUAUAUCCACAGGACGUGAGAGCCGGCAGCAGAGGAAGGGGGGGGGGCUUCCAGACUGGAUGGGCCCAGCGAUGCCUUGAUGGAGUAUGGGCCAGGUUUUAGGAUUCUCCCACUGCCAGGAAUAUGGCUCUGUGGCGUCCACUCCAGACUCCACGCCUCCGUGCACCGAUGGCGGAAACGAGGAGUCCGAGUUGUGCGAGCUGCAGACAGCCAGGGAAUGGUCUGACGAUGAGGAGGGGGGAGAUGGGGAUCCAGAUGAUGACGAGGGACUGGCUUCAUCCCCAUCCAUCUGGGGCACGCCGCGUCAGAACUCCUUCGAGCUGACUUUCUCCUACAUCGCCAUCGCCGAGGCCGAAGCGGUGGGAGCGGCGCGGCACAUCCGUCGCAGGGGCGGCUCUCGGGGGAGUCGCACUCCUUUGAUCCGCACCGACACCCUGGAAACACUGCUGGACUCCCCCGAUGUAGAAUGGGACCCUCAAGCCUUCCUCGGUCAAGAGGACGAGGAGGAAGCGUCAGGGAGGAGAGAGCAGCAGGAGGCGAGGACAUCGAGGACGGCGAGUCCAGCGGCGAGGAGGGAGCAGCACAGACAAACUGAGACUAUCACUAUCCAGCCCUCUCCCCAAAAUCUGGACCCAGACACUCAGGGGAGAGACGCGGGAAUCCAAAGAGAGGAGAGUCCGAGCAGUCUGACCGUCCAGCCUCCCGCUAUGUCCCCGUCUUCCCAGCUUCAGAGCCCCUCACAGAUACUUCAGGCAGCCUCGCCGACCCCCGAGCCAGAGUCUCCCGUCGCCAGGGAAACCAUUUCAGUCAAGCUGCUGACAUCCGUGCGACCCAGAGGCCCGGCAUCCUCUGCGGCGGCUGCCAUUGGUCUAAACUCUCAGGAACAGCUGGUUAGCGAUCACUGGUUCUCAGCACUUAACCUAUCAGAGGACCCGACAGUAUGCACCCACAUAGCAGUGAUGGACCUGAUCUACUGGAAGGACACGGAGCGAACAGGCAUGGUGCUAACAGGGUUAGUGGUCGGCCUGCUGUCCCUGUUCCAGCUCAGCAUCAUCACUGUGGUCUCCACGGUCUCCCUCGCCGUAAUGUGCUUCACCAUCUCUGUGCGCAUCUACUACCAAGUCCUCUACAUCCUCAGCUGGGGCGAUGGAGAGCACCCCUUCAAGUCAUACUUGGACCUGGACAUCAGCUUCAGUGGAGAGGAGGCCGACCUCUAUAUGCAGAAAGCCAUCGUCAUGGCUCUGUCUGCUGCAGACGCUCUGAAGGGACUCUUUUUUGUUCAAAACCUCUUUGAGUCCCUGAAGCUCCUGGUUCUGAUGUACCUUGUGACGUACCUGGGAGACCUGUGCAAUGGCCUUACUCUGCUCAUCAUCAGUGUGAUCGCUGUCUUUUCUCUGCCACUUUUCUACAGACAACGCCAGGAGCAGGUGGACGGCGUUGUUGCAAAAAUCCAGGCCCACGUCGACAACAUCAAGGACACCUUUCAAAGACUUGCCCAGGGUGGUGGCCCUCCUCCUGACCCAACUCCUGGCGGCGCCAAACCCAAAAACCAGUAAACAACGAUGGACAAGAACUUAAAGAAAAGCUCCCAGAGUCACAGGCUGUCACUCAGAUGUCUUACCCAGCGGUCUGUGCUCAGAGCGCCGGAGAAACGGAGCUCCAGAGACUCGGGAAGGGAAGGGAGGCUACUUAAACGGACAAUGAUGAGGAUCACGCAUGGUACUUUAUACUCUAAGUGUAUCUAAGUUAUGGGGUUAGAGGUUGGGGGGUUUGGGUUCAAACUUAAUCAAGGUGAAGUCGAGGUGUGUGAAUCCUGGACGAGAGCCUUGCUGCUGACGCCAGAGGUGGAAAGAUUCAACGACUCAGCGUGUCGUGUGCGACCAUCCUUGGAAACAUUCACUGUUUUUGCAAUGUAAAAAUGACUCAAGACGUGUCUUAGAUGGUUGAGAGCUGUUGUCCACAUGAGGCACUAAGACCAGGAAUGAGAAGUUCCCACAUCGACAGCUGCUCACUGAGAGAAGGGAAGGCGGUUCAGGCGAUUAAAGUGAGCGGACAAAAACAGGGGUGAUCAUUAUUCAUGGCAGCAUAACACUGGCAAUUAAGGAUGCAUGUGUCAGCACAUGCACUUUUCUGAGUGCAUAUUCAUUCUCAUGACAGUUUAUUUGUUUGUAUGUGAGUGUGAGUGUGUUCGUGUGUGUGUGUGUGUAAUUCCUGACAUGCAGCUUGCUGAAAUGAAACCUAAAAGCAAUUAAAAGUCACAUUUCUUCUUUAUUUUGCAAAACUUUCAGUUUCUUCUCAUCUGC